AUGAUUCUAAUAAUAUUGGCAGCCGGCGUUGCGAUCGUCGUUUAUCUCUACUUGACACAAGGUGGCGGUGGUGGUGGUGGUAGUGCACCAACCGAAGCUAAACCAAAAUCUGAAUCGAAACCGGCAACAUCGCUUCGAAAGGUCCCAUCAACAACCAAGAAACCUGUCGAAGCUCAAGCUCAAGCUCAAGCUUCAGCUCCGAAAUCCGAAGUCACUGCUCGUCCGCCAUCCGUCAGCACCGCAGUCGCACCUCCGGCGACUUCUCCAAAAGUCGGCAAGGACUCCGUCUAUCUCGCGCCAAAAGGCUACACUCCAACCGGUGGAGCUGGACCAGCUUCCGUCUCACUCGGCCCAACAGCCCCCGUAAAAUCACCGGGAGCCGCGACGUGCGGCGAAUCGGUUUAUCUCGCACCGAAACCAGCGGAUGGCGGACAACAGCCGGCCGCCGGCGGCCCAGCAUCUACCUAUUUAGCUCCUGUGGUGAAAACGGGCGACGUCGAGAAGUCAUCGAAAUCGAAAAAAACGAAAAAGACUAAGAAACACGGAAAGAAGAAGAGCAAGAGCAAAAAAACGAAAAAGACCAAGAAGAGUAAGAAAUCGGCUCAACCCGAAGGAGACGUCAAAACAGCCACUGGAGGUACUCCAGAGGAUGCUGAAAAGAAUGUGAAGACGGCCAACGAAAUGGUAGAUCAACCAGAAUCCGGCGUCAAAACCGCCAACGAAGCUGCUGAUCAGCCAGAGUCCGGCGUGAAGACCGCUAAUGAAGCUUCCGACGCUCCGGAAUCCGGCGUGAAGACGGCGAAUGAAGUGAAGUCGGACGCUCCCGAGUCGGGAGUCAAGACAGCCAAUGAGGUGCCACCAGAUCAGCCAGAAGCCGGCGUCAAAACCGCCAAUGAGGUAAAGUCUGACGCUCCGGAAGCCGGAGUUAAGACAGCCAACGAGGCUGCCGAUGCUCCAGAGCCCGACGUGAAGACGGCAAACGAAGCCGGCGAUCAGCCCGAGUCUGGUGUCAAAACAGCGAAUGAAGCGGGACCCGACAACGAUUCGGACGUAAAGACGGCGACAGAAGUGAGCGCCGCCGAGCAAGCCGCCGAAUCCUCGGUGAAGACCGCCAACGAGAUCGGACAAGAUAGACCAGAAUCCGGCGUCUCGACAGCAACAGAAAAGUCGGGAAAAAAGAAGAAGACGAAGACGAAGGAACAGCGCAGCAAGAAUCGCAAAGGCAAGAGCAAGAGCGGCGAGAAAUCGAAAGGAUCGGAAUCGAAUGACUCAGUGCCACAAUAA